AUGGACAGUGACGCCGAGCGUGUCUGCAAAUCUUGUCACGGAUGUCAAGUGGUUGGGCAGUUUGCUGCCCCAGAACCAAUGAAAAGGUCGGAACCGCCGUCCGGACCGUGGCAAGACCUGGCCAUCGAGCUCAUGGGGCCAAUGCCGACAGGAGAAAGCUUGUUAGCAAUAGCUGAUUAUUACAGUCGUUUUUACGAGGUAGUUAUUAUGAACUCAACUACAUCACACAAGGUAGUUAAUGCCCUAACCCAAAUCUUCGCCAGGUUCAGAUUCCCUCACUCGAUUAAGUCGGAUAAUGGGUCCCAGUUCGUCAGCGAAGAGUUUACAAGAUAUCUACGGGAAUGCAGGAUCGAGCACAGGACAUCGCCACCACUUUGGCCGCAGUCAAAUGGCGAAGUUGAACGACAGACCCGCACGCUGUUAAAGGCACUCAAGAUAGCAGCGGUGGAAGGCAAGAACUGGAGAAACGAGCUGCCAACAUUUCUGUUAGCAUAUCGUUCUACUCCGCAAGCGACCACGGGAGCGACCACACCAUUUUUGAUGUUCGGUACAGAGCUCAAAACAAAAUUGCCAGAACUCAGAGGGGAGAAGUCAAUUUCGGAUGAGAGUAUGAGGGAUUUCGAAUGGAGGAACAAGUUGAGUCAAAAGAGUUAUGCGGACGACAAGCGUCAUGCGGUAAGCAGUCCUAUAGUACCAGGGGACAAGGUGUUGCUGGAAAACACCAAAACAUCUGGGGAACUGGAGCCGAAUUUUAAAACAGAACCGUAUAUGCAAUGGGGUGUCCCUCUUGUGUAA